AUUGAUAUUGACAUAUUGAAUUACAUACUACUUACUAGUCUAGACACCAAAGCUGACCAAAGGCCGGCAACAUUAUUGACUUGAGUAGUUGGAUGUUCUAUUUUAUUUCUUUUGGUUCAAGUUUUCCUCGUUAUCGUUGUUAAUGAACAGUAAGUUAGUAACCACAUUUUUAAAAUAAAACAAUAGCCACAGCAUCCUUGGGCUUAUCCAACCCCAUUUUUUCACUAUAUAAAACAAUACUUAGAAUUUGUAGCCAAAGACAGAAAGAAAGGCGGUGUCUCCACCACAACAAUGGACAAACCACUCAAACUUUACUUCAUUCCAUACUUAGCAGCCGGUCACAUGAUCCCUCUCUGCGACAUAGCUUCUCUCUUCGCCUCACGUGGCCACCUUGUUACCAUCAUCACCACUCCUUCCAAUGCACAAAUCAUUUCCAAAUCCAACAACUUAAACGUCCACACUUUUCAAUUCCCUUCUCAACAAGUUGGCCUCCCUGACGGCGUCGAAAAUCUCACCUCCGUCACUGACAUCGACAAUUCCUACAAAAUUUUCUUCGCCACCACACUCCUCCGCGAACACAUUGAAAAUUUCGUGGAGCAGUAUCCACCGGAUUGUGUCAUAGCAGAUUUUUUAUUCCCAUGGGUGGAUGAAUUGGCGAACAAGCUUCACAUUCCGAGACUCGUCUUCAACGGUUUCUCACUAUUUACCAUAUGUGCCAUGGAAUCCCUUAAAUUACACCCUCUCCCUGAAGAUGCUUCUGGUUCUUUUGUAAUUCCACAUUUCCCUCAUGAUAUUGUAAUUAAUUCAACACCACCGGUAGGUUCUAAGUCGUUCAUCGAUCCUCUACUCACCGUAGCGCUCAAAAGCCAUGGAUUCAUCAUUAACAGUUUUGUUGAGCUUGAUGGAGAAGAGUAUGUUGAGUACUACGAAAAAACCAUGACACACAAGGCUUGGCAUCUGGGACCGGCUUCUCUUGUUCGUAGAACAACUCAAGAGAAAGCAGACAGAGGAGAAAAAAGCACGGUGAGUGUGGAAAAGUGUUUGGCUUGGCUCAAUUCAAAGCGAGAUAAGUCGGUGAUCUACAUAAGCUUUGGAACAAUUUGUUAUUUCCCGGAUAAACAAUUGUAUGAGAUUGCAAGCGCGAUUGAAGCAUCGGGUUAUGAAUUCAUAUGGGUUGUUCCUGAGAAAAGGGGAAAAGAGAAUGAGAGCGAAGUGGAGAAGGAAAAUUGGUUGCCAAAGGGAUUUGAAGAGAGAAAUAAGGGGAUGAUUGUUAGGGGGUGGGCCCCACAAGUUGUUAUAUUGGGUCAUUCAGCUGUGGGUGCGUUUUUGACGCAUUGUGGAUGGAACUCUAUGGUAGAAGCUAUUAGUGCAGGGGUUCCAAUGAUUACGUGGCCGGUGCACAGUGAUCAAUUCUACAAUGAGAAGUUGAUAACACAAGUGCGGGGGAUUGGAGUGGAAAUCGGUGUUGAGGAGUGGAUCACAACUGCUUUUCGAGACAUGGAAAAGUUGGUGGGAAGAGAUUCUAUAGAGAAGACUAUGAGGAGGUUGAUGGAUGAUAGUGAUGAAGCUGUGGAAAUCAGACGAAAAGCUCAAGGGUUUGCAAAACUGGCUAGACAUGCUGUUGGAGAAGGUGGCUCGUCACAUCAGAAUUUGACGAAUUUGAUUGAUGAGAUUAAGCUAUUAAGAGACAAUAAGGGAUCCAAAUUUUGUGCACUCACAAGUUUAAGGUAGCCCGAUCAAAAUUUGACAGCUCAGUUGUUAACAUCAAAAUAUUUUAUUGAAAAAAAUUAAAAUAUUUUGAGAUUUGAAUCACUCAAUCAAAAUUAGAUGAUUUAUAGGUGAUGAUGAGGACUUCUAAUCCAAUUUGAGACACAAUAAGGUGUUUAAUUACUAUUUUAAUGGUCGCAUAAUAUUAGUUUUUACUCUCUCCAUCCUUUA